AUGGAGGUUUUUCACAUCCUUGUGUUACUCUCCACUACUGUAUUAUGUAUCUUGUCAUGUUCCGCUGCACUAGAUAUAGUAUCUGCACAUCAACGAAUCAAAGAUGGCAACACCAUUGUUUCAGCUGGCGAGAUAUAUGAAAUGGGUUUUUUUAGCCCAGGAAAGUCAAAGAACCGAUACCUCGGGAUAUGGUACAAGAAGAUAUCUCCUUGUACGGUUGUUUGGGUUGCUAACAGGGAGAUACCAAUCAACGAUGCAUCUGGUGUGUUUGAAGUCACUAGAGAAGGAAGCCUCCUGAUUCUUAGUGAUAGUAAUACAGUGAUCUGGUCAUCGAAUUCAACAGUACCUGUCAAGGAUGUUAAUCCAGUAGCACAGCUUCUGGACAACGGAAAUCUUGUUGUGUGGGGAAGAAUGAAAUUCGGGAAGGAUUUAAUAACAGGAAGAGAGAGGUACUUAACAUCAUGGAAGAGCCCUGAUGAUCCAUCUGUAGGACGUUAUAAAAUCUGGAUAGACACAAAUGGAUAUCCACAAUUAUUUGUUGGAGACAGUUUAUUUAGACGCUCUAGGCUUGGACCAUGGAACGGUUUAGGGUUUCGUGGUCUUGCUUUGGAAAACCUAAAUUUGGUCUACUACGCUGAGUUUGCUGUUAACCAGAAGGAAAUAUAUUAUCGAUAUAAACUUAAGAGUUCAAUUGUUCUGAGAAGGGUUCUUAUGCAUGAUGGAAACCUAGUGCAGUCCAAUUGGAUUGAGAGAACCCAAGAAUGGGUCAUGUAUGGAAAUCCAAUUUUAGUUGAUAAUUGUAGUGGUUAUGGAAGCUGUGGACCUUAUGGAAGCUGCAGCGUAAAACUUCCACCUUGUAAUUGUAUUGAUGGUUUUGAACCAAGAGUCCCCAAAGAAUGGAAUACAGGAGAUUGGUCGAGUGGGUGUCAACGUAAAAAGCCUUUGGAUUGUGGGAGUGGGACUCAAAUGGAUGGAUUCCAGAAAAUUUCAGGAGUGAAAUUCCCAGACACACGACGAUCUUGGUACAACGUGAGCAUGUCCCUUGGAGAAUGUGAGAUGGCUUGCAGAAGGAAUUGCUCUUGUACAGCUUAUGCAGAAUUAUAUAUAAAAAACGGGGAGAGUGGAAGUGGAUGUUUGCUAUGGUUUGAUGCGCUGAUGGACAUUAGAGAAUAUGAUGAUAAUCAAGAACUAUAUAUAAGAAUGGCAACCUCCGAGUUACCUGCAAUAGGCGAAUCAAGAUUUAACAACAAGAAGGGAGUACUCAGGGUAGCGGUGUCGGUUUCUUUAGCUGCAGUGCUUCUGUCUGUAGUAGUAUAUGUUUAUAGAAAGAAAAUGAAGAGGUCUCACAAAAAAGGACGAGGAAUCAGGGUACAUACGGUUGAUAAGGAUCAUACGAGUGCUCAGAUGGAAAACCUUGAUGAAGUACCUUUUUUUAGCUUGCAUAAAAUAGCUAAGGCUACUGAUAACUUUAACAUUGAUAAUAAGAUUGGAGAAGGUGGUUUUGGUCCAGUUUACAAGGGUGUGCUGGAAGAUGGGCAAGUAAUCGUUGUAAAGCGUCUUGCAGAAACUUCCCAACAAGGGCUUGAUGAGUUCCAAAAUGAAGUCAUUUGUAUUGCCAAACUUCAACAUCGAAAUCUUGUAAAGCUCCUUGGAUACUGCAUUCAUGGAAAUGAAAAGAUGCUAAUUUAUGAAUACAUGGUUAACAAAAGCUUGGACUCAUUUCUAUUUGAUGAAACAAGAGAUUCAAUGCUUGACUGGCCUCAACGCUUGCACAUUAUCCAUGGUAUAGCUCGAGGCAUUCUUUAUAUACAUCAAGAUUUACGCCUCCAAAUCAUUCAUAGAGACCUCAAGGCAGGUAAUAUCUUGUUGGACAGUGAAAUGAAUCCAAAAAUAUCGGACUUUGGCCUUGCUCGGAAGUUUGUAGGACAUGAUGUCAUGGCUAAGACAAAGAAGGUGGUUGGCACACUUGGUUACAUUCCUCCUGAGUAUGCAGUACAUGGGCGUUUCUCUAUAAAGUCAGAUGUAUUUAGCUUUGGCGUAAUUGUGUUGGAGAUAGCAUGGAGACUCUAUAAAGAAGACAAGUCCAUUGAACUCAUGAGUGCAUCUUUACGAAACUCAUGUGUUGUCUUUGAAGUACUACGUUCAAUACAUAUUGGAUUAUUAUGCGUUCAACAUCAUACAGAAGAUAGGUCAACUAUGUUGUCCGUGGUUUUGAUGCUGAUUAGCGAGGGUGCACUGCCUCAACCUAAACAACCAACAUUUUUCACAGAUGAAAGUUAUCGUGAACCUGACUCUGUUUCAUCGGUCGAUGAGUACAUGCUAACAAUAUUGUAUGCUAGAUGA